GCGAGGCCGCCACCCGCGCGGCGUCCCCGGGCCCCGCUCCUGCUCCCAGCGCCGCGCACUGGCCGGCGGGGCCGGGGCCGGCCGGGGAGGCGGCACAGGGCGGCGGGGCGGGGGCCCCAAAGUGGGUUUCGGGCCGCCACCGGCGCUGGCACAGGGCGCAGAGGGCGGCGCGCGGUGGACUCCUCGCCCGGGCAUCGCACCGGGCCGCUUUCGGCUCUGUCGCUCUGCCCCGGCCCGGAAAAGCCGGCGCCUUCCAGGCCCUUCGAAAGAUGGAUUCUGUUGACGUAUCUGGCGGCCCUGGCGAGCCGGGUGGAAAGUUGGGUUUUGCCAGAUCGCACUGGGCUCGUCUUUGUGACGCUCGGCCAGCCCCGCAUCCUCCCGGAGCUGGAGUCAGGUAGGGGAGAGGUGGGCAGGGCAGGGCGCAGCGCCUGGGUGGCCGCGUUCCGGGGGACUGUCAGGCGCUUUUACCUGUGCCCGCUGGAGCCACCCACCGUCGUGCCCCCACCUCACGGUCUGCCCAGAACUCUGCGACGGGGCUCGAGGGGCCGCUCGCGGCAGUGCGCGGGCGGCCCCCCUCAUCUGGCGUUUUUAAGGAUGUGUAAAUAUUUUGCUGAGGCUGACCUCCACGAGACGGUGAAUGGGCAGGCCUUCUGUCUUGGUAUCCUCAACCUAGGACUCACAGUGCUGUAA